AUGGCCCUAUCGAUUCAAAUAUUGUUCUUUUAUUUUUGCCUAUUUGCUCUGUUUGUAGCAAAAGACAUUACAAAUGAAGUUUUUUUUUCAAAUCUUAUAAUCAAGCCUCAAACACCUGAGAAGAUUCCUCAUCAAGGCUGGGCUAUAUCUUUUGAUUUUUCAAUUGGAACUCCUUCAAAUAUCCUGAAAGGAGAUACAUUUUUUUUGUUAUUUCCACAUGUCUAUCGUAUUAAAUUCGAUGAUACAGAUGAUUAUUUAAAGGUUUUGCUUUCAAAUGAAAAAGAAGCAUUUAGUUGCUAUCCUUCUCAACAAGCUGCUUAUAAAUAUGAAAAUACAAUAUUGACAUGUAAUGCUUUAAACGAUUUAUCUGGGCUUUCCUCUGUAAAAGGGACUAUUGGAUUUUCUAUAAGUUUUAGUAGUGGUGACUCUGUAUAUCAAUAUGAGUUACAAAAUGCCAAAUAUUUCAAAAGUGGUCUAAUGAAUUUUCAAUUUCAUAACAUGAAUGCCGAUGUAUCAUUUGAUUCCACCGAAUUAUCAGAUAUAGUCUAUUGUGCUGGACGCACCACAACAUAUGGGUCGAUGGAAUCGUAUUAUUUAUUAAUGCAAUGCCCUCACGGCUAUAUUUCUGAAGGAAGCUUAGUACUUAAUUUUGACAGUAGUGGAGAUGGUUAUGAUCUUGACUGCGACUCCAUACAAAUACAAUUAGGAAAUAGUUUUAAUGAUUGGUGGUUUCCAAAUUCUAAUGGUGAUUUUGUUUCGCCAGAUGUGGUUUGCUUUGGUAGUAACCUAAUGGUCCAUAUUGAAAAGGCUAAACCCGACUAUAUGCUGUGGCUAAAUGCAUUGCAGAGUAUUAAAAAAGGAUCUAAUAUAAUUUCUCACGAACUUUCAAUAGGUUAUACUUGUGUUAAUACAAUUUUGGAUUACACAUUUUCUACCGAACUAGAAACUAUUAAAAGCUUUUCAAUCUAUCAAGGAAUAAACUUUGCUACAAUAACUUUCGAGUCCAUACCAAUAGCAGAAACUCCAACUUCAUCAAUUGUCAACACCCCUUCUUACUUAAAGACUACAUUUACAGAUCCAUCCACAUCAAGCAUUGAACUACAAUCUAAUUUAUAUUUGGCAAGUUCAACGCUCUCUGUACCUUUUAUAUCAUUAUAUCCAGAGAAUACUAAAGCUUCAUCGGAAUCUUCUAAAAUAAAAAUUGUAGAUGCACUUUCACAAGAUACUCGAUCUGGAACGCUAACCAUUUUUUCUACAAUAUUUAGCUAUUGGACUGGCAGGAAAAUAGAAACAUAUUCUACACAAAUUACAUAUCUAGUGAGUUUACAAAGUAUUACCAUAGAAGAGCAUAUUUUUUAUGUUGGUAUUCAACCUGGUACAAUUACCUUGACAAAAUAUCGUGGAUGGACUGGAUCUUAUACUAAUACAUAUUCAACUUUUACUUCACUUUAUAAAGAGAACGAUGAAUUGUAA